AUGUCCCACCAAGAUUCACACCACACCCGGCAAACCCACUCCACUUUCACCACUACUCUCGACACCCUGCUCCGUUCCACAUCGAUUUUCCUGAGAAACAAACGCAUUUUCCUUUCCAUUUUUGCCCUCACAACCUUCCCUCUCUCCUUCCUCCUCUUCUCCCUCUCCUUCUCCACCCGCUCUCUGAAAUUUCAAAUCCACCAUCUGGAAGCCGUCGCCGUCUUCGCCUCUACCCACCUCGAAUCCUUGUUCCUCCGCUUAGACUCCCGCAUCAACGCCGUCUCUCUCCUCCGCAUUAAAGCCCUCUUCUUCCUCCCUUGCUACGCCCUUUCCCUCCUCGCCGCCGUUACCUCCGUCAGCUCCACUUACCUCGCUUACGGCGGAAAGCGUCCGAGUUUCGUAACGGCGCUGAACGCCGUUAGGCUGACGUGGAAGAGGCCGCUGGUGACCUCCAUUUGCGUCUACGUUCUCCUUCUCGCAUACGCUCCCAUCCCACGGGUGCUGGCGGUGGUCCUGUCGGGAUCGCCGGCGGUGGGAAUCCCCGUAGUGGUGAUCGGUUUGGGAGUGGAGGUUUAUCUGAUGGCGGUGAUGAGUGUUGGGAUGGUGGUCUCGAUCGCGGAAGAGAGAUGCGGGUGGGAGGCGAUCCGGGUGGGUUGGGGUUUGAUGGCGGGCAGGCGGGUAUCCGGGUGGGUUUUGUCGGGUGGGUUUUUGUUGGUGGCGACGGGAAUUAUACGGAGUGGUGGGAAUGGGAUGGAGGAGGAGGUGGAAGGGGAUUAUUGGUGGAGUGUUGUUGGGAAGGAAAUGGGUUUGAUGGGAAUGUAUGGGAUGGUGGUGAUGUGGAGCUACGUGGUCGCCACUGUUUUUUACUGCGAUUGUAGGACCUGCCAUGGUUUUCCAACUACUCAUCAUCAUCCCUCUCACAUGGAGGUCAUCAUGGUUUAG